UGGCGCGUGGCUCAGUCUCGGAAGUUUCGCUCCGGGCAGAUGGAGAGUUGCGCGGCCGGAGAGACGAGCCUGAAGGCGGUGCUGGAGGAGCGCUUCUCGGCCUCGGCGCUGCGUGUCUUGCGGGCGGAGGCGGAGGGGCUGCGGGAGAGGCUGGUCUCGGCGGCGGUGCGGGGCAGGAAGAGGCUCCGGAGGAGGGUGACGGUGGGGCGGACCCCGCUGGGAGAGUGCCUGAGGCAGCUGGAGCAGACCCGGCGCCAGUGGGAGGCCAAGGUCCGAGGAGAGGGCACUCCGCCGAGUGAGGAGGCCCAGGUGACGCUCCUGAACCUCCUGGAGAAGGGCCUGGCCCUGGUGGAGAGGGUGGAGGCCCUGCGGGAGAGGAAGAGCAGGAGGAGCCCGAGGAGGAAGGAGAAGGGCGGGGAAGGGCAGGAGCAGGACCCUGGAGGAGGGGAGCGCUCUGGAGACAGCGCAGCCAGGGAUGGAGCUGGGACCAGGCACAGCCAAGGAGAAGAAGGGGAGGAAGACCCCGGAGAGGAGGAAGGGCACCAUGGGAGCCACACUCAUGAAGGGGAUGGAGACAGUGCGGGUGAGCCUCAGGAUGGAGACAGCGAUGGAGAGGAAGACAAGGGUGCAGCCAGGGAUGGACCUGGGACCAAAUACAGGAAGGAAAAGGAAGCAGAGGAAGACCCCGGAGAGGAGGAAGGGCACCAUGGGAGAGACAGUGAGGGAGGUGACACUCAUGAAGGGGAUGGAGACAGCGGUGGGAACAAUGAGGGUGAGCAUCAUGAUGGAGACGGUGAUGGAGAGGAAGACAAGGGUGCAGCCAGGGAUGGACCUGGGACCAAAUACAGGAAGGAAAAGGAAGCAGAGGAAGACCCCGGAGAGGAGGAAGGGCACCAUGGGAGCCACACUCAUGAAGGGGAUGGAGACAGUGCGGGUGAGCCUCAGGAUGGAGACAGCGAUGGAGAGGAAGACAAGGGUGCAGCCAGGGAUGGACCUGGGACCAAAUACAGGAAGGAAAAGGAAGCAGAGGAAGACCCCGGAGAGGAGGAAGGGCACCAUGGGAGAGACAGUGAGGGAGGUGACACUCAUGAAGGGGAUGGAGACAGCGGUGGGAACAAUGAGGGUGAGCAUCAUGAUGGAGACGGUGAUGGAGAGGAAGACAAGGGUGCAGCCAGGGAUGGACCUGGGACCAAAUACAGGAAGGAAAAGGAAGCAGAGGAAGACCCCGGAGAGGAGGAAGGGCACCAUGGGAGAGACAGUGAGGGAGGUGACACUCAUGAAGGGGAUGGAGACAGCGGUGGGAACAAUGAGGGUGAGCAUCAUGAUGGAGACGGUGAUGGAGAGGAAGACAAGGGUGCAGCCAGGGAUGGACCUGGGACCAAAUACAGAAAGGAAAAGGAAGCAGAGGAAGAACCUGGAGAGGAGGAUGGGGACCAUGAGAGCCACACUCAUGAAGGGGAUGGAGACAGCGGUGGGGACAGUGAGCAUGAGCCUCAUGAUGGAGAUGGUGAUGGAGAGGAAGACAAGGGUGCAGCCAGUGAGGGACCAGGUACCCAACACAGCAAGGGAAAGGACUGGCAGGAAGGAAAAGGAAGCAGUGUCGGGCUGGAUGCUUUGGAGGUGGAGGAGGAGGAAGGACCAUAUCAGUCCCCACUUCAGGAAAACAAGGGAAAGGGUGACCUUGAGGACAACUCUGAUGGAGAUGAAAGUGAUGAGGACAGCAGUCAGGAAACUGGAGAUGAUGACCACCAUGAAGUCGAUGGUGAUGGCAACAGUGAUGAGGGAAAAGAGAGCCGUGCCAGGCAUGAUGCAGCAAGAGAGAAAGGGCAACAUCAGGGCAAGAACUUUGCUCCGGAGGAGAUCUGCCCCAAGGGAGGAGAAGGCAGGGCCUUGCAACCACAGAGGAGCCAGCUGGAGAUGGGAGACCCACAGCCAGGCGGCAAAGGAGGAAAUAUGGACUGUGGUGAAGGUGGUCAAGAUCAUGGUAAGGAUGGAGAUGGAAGCAAACACAGUGGUGGUGACCACAAUGUAGGGAAAGAUGAUGCCAGGUGGGAUGCCCUGAGGGAAGAGGUGAACGAAGCCACCCAGCAUGAGAGCGACAGUGAGGGAGGUGGCAGUCAUGAAGGUGAUGGAGAAAGUGGUGGGAGCAGUGGUGGUGAGCAUCAUGAUGGAGAUGAGGAUCAGGAGGGCAGUUUCUGGGAGGACAGUGAUGAAGAGGAAGAGAAUGGUGACAGGUGUGAUACUCUGUUGAAAGAGACGAACAAACUGGAGCGGGAGAUGGAGGCACUGCAGGACCCCUCGCAAAAGACGGUGGACAUGUGGAGGAAGGAGGCAGAAGAUCUGAGGAGUGAGUACCAUGACAUCUGUUUUGACAUGGCAACAGCUGUAAACAAGAUAGUGAUUGAGUUGUGGUCAGCCCUAUGGCUUAAUACAUUGCGGGCAGUGACUGCCCUUCGGGAAACCUUGAGCCAAUUUUCGCCAGUGGAGGCAGCUGCUUUGAAAGUGGAGUUUGAUUCCUUAAAGGGCUUCGUGGAUGUUGCCUGGAGCCAAGACACAUUAGCGAAGCUGUCCCAUCUUUUUACCUUAGUGUAUGCUCUACAGGGCCUCCCUCUGCCGAAGAAGGGCCUUCCACAUGGUGAUCCACUGAAGGAAGGGGGUUACAUCAUGCUGGAAAUAGAUGCCUGGCGCUCUGUGCUACUGGAGCAGAGUUGGGAGAAGACAGAUGCCCUGCAGGUGAAGGUGGACGCGGUGCAGGGUAUCUCUCCAGAGCAGGCAGGUGAAUUGAAGGUGAAGAUGGGCGCUCUUCAGAAACACAUGGAUCUUCUGUGGAAAGCCCCCCUGAAGGAGAUGAUGGCCUUGCUGUCAAUGACAUAUGAGCCAUACCGUAUAUGGUCCUCACGCCCCACAAAAAAAGGGAACACCAUAUGGAAGAAAGCAUGUGAUCUUGCCCUUCCCCUCAAGGUUCACCUGAAGGAUGUCCCACGGGAAGAACGGCAUCUUCUGUGGGGGGAGGCGACUUCCCUGGAGGCCAUCCUUCAUGAUAUCCCAGUGGAGAAACUGGUGGUGCUGGAAGAGAAAGUGAAUGCAUGUAUUAGGAAGGUGGAGGAUAUGUUGCAGAAUUACCUAUGGAAGUCCUCGGAGGUUUCCUCUCAUAGAGAGCUGGACAAGGUGCAGGAAGAGCUGGAUGAACUACAAAAAGACCUAGAUUUCAUGCAGAGACAUCCACAUUUGAAAUAUCGGGAAAUCAAGAUGGCUGCCCUGCAUAGGAAGAUGGCUGCCCUGCAGAAGAAGAUGAAUGCCCUGCACAAGGCGGAUGCCUCCCUUGAGGUGGAUGAUGGAGAGAUAAGUGCAGGUGGAUGUUCUGGCAGAGCUGGAAACCUCAAUGAUUCUGUGCCACCUUUUAUAUCGUAUUCGUGUACUGGAUUGAGGAAUACCUGGCACAGGGAAGUCACUCCAGAGGAGCGCAGCUUAUUAGUACAAAAUUUUGCAAAAACCAUCUCUCCUGAUAAUGACUCAGAAGCAGCAAAGAAGAUCCUGGAGGCUUAUGCCAGGCAAAUAGAAGAGGAGGUAUACAAUUUGGCUGACAGUAAGAUGGAAUAUCACCAUUUAAUGGCAGAGAAGCUUAAUGCGAUGAAUAGGAAGCUAGAUGACACCUUGAGGUCUCCUUCAUCUAACCACGGCAUCAGAAGGAACGAGCAGCCACCUUUACAGGGCCCUUGGAUUCAGCCUCCUGGUGUCACAUCAGUGGCAACAACCACAGGGAGAGUCCAGCCUCCAGAACUGCCCAGCUGUGUUCCCAGUGCUGCAGCUCAGAAGAGACCUCCUUCCGAACUUGAGGCGGCAGACUAUCCAAGCAAAGCCCUUCAAAUACAAGAGCCCACCAGUCUAAAUAGACCCCAAAGACAGGACUGUGAGUCAGCUCUGACAGAAGGAGAGGGUUCAGGACCUCCCCAUAAAAAACAGAAGAUGAAUCCUGCCCGUGGGAUCCAAGAGUCUUCUUUGACUCAGGAACUGUUUGUUGUUCUCCAAAAGCAUGUUGCCCUUACUAUAAACCAAAAUAUGGAGAAAGUGAGCGAUGUAGUGAGCAGGUUGCAUGGCACUGCCUUAAAGGAUACAGAAGAAGCAAAAGCCCUGAUGGCUGCUUUGGAAAAAGCUCAGGCACUUUCGAAGUCCUUCUUUGAGGAUGCCUGAUAUAAAUCUGGGGUGUUGAAUGGGUUUGGGGGUAGGGUUGUAUACCUAAGAAAGAAAUCUAGAGACAUGAAAUUAGGAAAGGAAUUUGUCUCUACUAAUACUGUCCAGCAUGACCCUUGUAUGCACUGGGGAUAUGUUCAAAAACCCCAGUGUAGAUUCCUAAAACGGUGGAUAAAAAGAAACGCUAUUUGUUUUGGCCAUGAACACACCAUAGAAUUGCACGAAGAGGACCUAGAGAAGCCCACAAACUGUUCUGCAUAUACUGUUCUGUUUUAAAAUCUUGACUAUAUUAAAUGAUCUCAGGGAUGCCAUUCUUAGGAAAAGAAUCCUCCCUGGAGCUCAGGAGAGAAUGGGUGCUGGUCAGAAUUGAGAGCACUGGGCUACGUUGACCAAACAUUAUAAAGCCAGUUCAGCUUAGCCUUUUGCUUAUUCAUUGCAAAAACAGUUUUUCUGUGUCUUCAAGAGUUGGAUGUAAUAACUGCUUUUUAUACGUUUGUAUCUUCCAAUCCAUUCUUCCUUAAUGGAAUCAAUGAUAUUUCAUAAAAAAAAGAAACUUUGUCUUGCUUUGACCAAGUCAUUAAUGGAUUCAAAGUUUAUUUUCUCAAGUGGAAAGUCCCAGGUAAUAUUUUAUCAGAUACGUGGCAUGCACCCAUCUUUUGGGGGUGAGGGCAUUGCCCGCAUAGGUUCAGGGAGACAAUCUCAUUCCUUUGUUGUCAUCUUUGCAUUUGUAUUUUGUUCAUUCAGGCUGUCUCUCAUUCGGGAAAAAGUUCAUCAAAAUUAACCCGAAAUUGCUCAUUUUAAAAUAUUCUCCUAUUGGAGUUCACUUACAGGAUUUUUACUGAAGAUACUCAAGCAAUACUGCUAUGUAAUAAUGUUUUCUAAUUACUUUUAUGCUACUUUUGUAUAUCUUUUAGAGAAAUUUUUAACAGAGGUUUAUAAGAUAUAAUCUAUUCUUGUUUAAAAAAAAAUACAGAAAAGUACACGUUUAGUAUCUCGUAGGGUGGCUGAGACAGUGACUCCUUUGCUUUCCAUUUAUACAACUUUUAUUCCAUGCGGAAUUUUUUUUAAAGUUGUAUAAAAUCACUUCCAGGCCAUGUGCAUAAGAUGUAUAUGGAAGAUAAAUUCAUUUUAGGUUUGGUCUUGGAUCAAUCUUCAAAGUUUUUCAUGAUGCAUAUAUGGGUAUUCCAACAUUUGGGCGAAAAUCCACAAUCCAAAACACAUUCAGUCCUAAACAUUUCGGUUAACAAAUACUGAACCUACAAUGAAUAAGAUAAUGAUUAUUUUAAAUGACAUGUUUUAGCACUCUGGAUGAAUAGUUGAAGUUAAUUUCUUUUUAAAAGGAACUGCUUACUUCAUAUGUAUUUAUAUCCUCUUGUUUUCUCAGAAAAGGGAAGUCUUCUCCAUCAUGUGCCUUAGUUGGGUGAUGAAAUAAAUGCCAACAAUGCUGUGAA